AUGACUGAAAAAAAGUCAGAGUCAAUUGGUCUAGAAGAGGUAGAGAAGACUAUCGUCGAACAUGUCAAUAUCCGGGGGAGAACGACUUAUCCGCCUGAUUUGACGGAAGAGGAGAUCAAUUUCUUCGAAUGUUUUACAGAGGAACAAAGAAAGAAAGUCAUUUGGAAGAUCGACGUCCGCCUCGUACCCAUGUUGGGACUUCUAUACCUCUUGGCAAAUAUUGAUCGUGCCAAUAUCGGAAAUGCGAAGAUCGAAGGUCUCACCGAUGAUCUCGGAUUAAGCAGUAACCAAUAUAACAUCUGCCUUUCCAUCUUCUUCAUUCCUUACUGCCUUCUUGAGGUCCCAUCCAAUAUCGCCCUCAAGUGGUUCAAGAAGCCUUCCAACUACAUCGCCAUUCUCGCCGUUUCUUGGAGCGUUGUCCUAACCUUGACUGGAAUUGUACAAAGCUAUGGUGGGCUUAUGGCAGCGAGGUUCUUCCUCGGUGUCACUGAGGCCGGCUUCUUCCCUGGAGCGUUGUAUAUCAUCUCGACCUGGUACGACCGUAAUGAGAUGGGCACACGAUAUUCCAUCUUUUACAUGGCUGCAGCUCUUGCGGGAGCGUUCUCAGGCCUUCUGGCAUAUCUGAUCGUAAAGAUGGAUGGUGUUGCUGGCAUUGCGGGCUGGCGUUGGAUCUUCAUCAUCGAAGGUCUGGCUUCCAUUGCUGUCGGCCUGUCGACCCCUUUUCUACUUCUGGAUACCCCAGAAAACUCCAAGAUCCUUACAAAUGACGAGAGGCGAUACCUGAUCCUGCGCAAGAUUAUCCAGGAUGGCGGCCGCGAGAUCCAAUCAAAGGGAACAAAGACCUCGUGGCCUGUCCUGCGCUCCGUCGUACUUGAUUGGAAGUUGUACCUUGCCGCCAUCAUCUAUUGGACCAACACCGGCACCAACUACGGCGUCAAAUUCACAAUGCCACAGAUUAUCAAGAAUAUGGGCUAUUCUUCAGCCAAUGCGCAGCUCCUUACGGUGCCUCCAUAUAUCCUAGGCUGCAUCUCCUCAUACAUUGCAUCCCGCUUCUCCGACCGCACAACCUGGCGCAUGCCCUUCAUCGUUGUCUCCCAGCUGGUUGUACUCACCGGCUUCGCCAUGCUAUUCGGGUUUGCCCCCAACCUCAACAACCGGAUUGCCGAGUCUUAUACGGCCAUCUUUAUCUGCUGUGUUGGCUUCUAUCCCAUCACGCCCAAUGUGGCGGCAUGGAUGUCCAACAACCUUGCCGGCCCAGCCAAGCGCGCGUCCGGGAUUGGCUUCAUGCUGACCAUGGCCAAUACAGCUGGGAUCAUCGGGAGCUUCAUGUACAAAGACGAGGAGAAGCCUCGCUAUCCCACAGGGUAUGGAACAUCGCUGGGCCUGACUGUUGCCGGAAUGUUGGCCGCCUUGCUUCUCGAGUUUGGGCUCUGGCGCUGUAACAAGCGCGAUGGCAAGAUGAGCGAGGAGGAGGUCCGGGCAAUCUACACGGAACAAGAGCUCGCUGACAUGGGAGACAACAGUCCAUUAUUCAAGUAUACGUUGUAA